AUGCCUGUCAAAAUCCUCCCUGGCCUGCCAAGGGCUGGCUUCCUAGAUCUUCCCUUGGAAAUGCGCGAGCAAAUCUACAUACAAUACUUCACCAUCGAAGGGGGCUACAUCUACGAUGCCGAAUCCGACAAGUUAAUACAGGCCAAUCGAUGUUCAAUUGACCUAUCACUUCGACGUGUCUGUCGCACGGUUGCUCUCGAAACAUACCAUUACCCUUUCACUCUCAACACCAUCACCUUCUCAACAGCCUACAGACGGGCUUGGAGAAAGAAGGCGGCUAUGUUUGACGUUGUUACAACCUAUCACUUCCGUCUUCUAGGUGCCAUGCUAGAACGGCUCAGACAUUGCUUGACUCCCGAUAUGUACAAGACACCACCCACCCAGCACGACUCUAGACUUCAAGGAUGGCAAGGGAUUCAAGACGAUGGAGGCGACCUCACAAGACCAUCGGGGCACGACAACAAUAUAUCAAGCAAUCGCGCAUAUACCUACUUGCUAAAGCAGAUUGCAAAUCGGAAUCCUGAGAAGUUCAGGGAGGCAAUUAAUGAUGUUCUUCCAUGGUGGGCUGAGUCCAAAUCCAACCCAACAUCAGACUUUUUCGAACUUGGCUUCGACUUCUGGGCAAUACCUUCAAUGCACGAAAUCACGCAUACGAUCAAAGAGCUUCAGUUGGAGGAACGAUGGGAUGAAUUGGACCUGUGGCAUUACAGCGAAUAUCUAAAGGAGGGCUACACUGGUACAAGGUACUGUUACCAGCGCAAGCAUUUCUUUUCGGCUGCAGCCUUAGCCAUUCGCUUCCUGAAGAGCAUGUCACAGACCCAACGCCUUCUCAUCACCAAGUUAAUACUCAAUGAGGAUCGAAUGGCUGUUGGGAACCCUGAGUGUCACAUAAUUGGCUUGAUACCUUUCACGAAGGAAAAUCCUCAGCUAUUUAUUGAGCAUCGGGUUAACCUAUGGCGAAAUAUUAUUCCUCGGUCCUGCGAAGAAUGCGAGCUCAGGACUUUCCCCACUCGUAACGAGUCCAUCAUUCCACCUCCUGAGUAUGAACUGAAUCAACAUCAGAUAUAUCAUGCACAUGCCAGCCGAACGAUUUGCCGUUUUAUUAUGCAUACCCUUGAAUCUUUGAGGGAAGGAUUGCCACCUAAUUCCUACUCUUUCAUCUUUGACGGACAACCUGAUUUAAACCAUUCGACGGGGAUUUUCCGAUAUCUCACGGAAAUCCAAAUCGCCUGGUUAACUGCAUAUACCGAUUGCGUGGCCUAUGGAGUUCUUACACCACCAGAAAGCAACACUUACCCAUUUCAAACCUGCGCGUCAACUGCCGAAAUCCUCUCUAUCCAAGACAGAAGUUCAAUCGUUCAAUGCAACUUUACCCUUGACCAACCUUGGAACUAUCGUGAGAUCGCAGGGGAUGACGACGACAACAUUGAGGGGCGAGAUUCGGUUCGCAAUAUCAUGCGAGACUUUGAUGAAGACGAUCUGGAUUUUGACAAGCUUCAUAUCUCGAAUACUUACCAGAAGGAGAAACCAAAGUCCUCGAUCACAGAGGCUUAA